UAUUAAUAAUAUUUAAUCUAUUAACAUAUCUGUCAAUUAUAGUCAAAGAAAUGUUUUCCGUUGAACACUGUUUGCAGUUUUAGCCUUUUAUACUAAAAGCAAAACUGUACAUUUAAUGGAUUUGCCGAGGGGAGGAUGGGUGCGUCUCAAACCGCACACAAUACAUUUUAUAGGGUAAAAAAAACAAUUGAGGUUAUUAUUUUUACUGUACGAUUCAGCAUGAUAGUGUAGAGUUUUUAAUGUUUGUAGUUUGUCAUGAAUUCAUUUAUCUCAGGGAGAAGGAAAGUGUUAUUUCACAUGUAGUGUACUACUGAGGCGGUAGUGAUCGGUUUGGGACACACUCUCAGUGGCUCGGUUUGGGACAGACCCUCAGUGGCUCGGUUUGGGACACACACUGGGUAGCUCGGUUUGGGACACACCCUCAGUGGCUCGGAUUGGGACACACCCUCAGUGCUUCAUGCUUCUGGGUUAGUGCUGCUUGUGUAUUAACUGAACACCGGCAUGGCGGCUGAACACAAAACAAAUAAAGAGCAGCGAUAUGACAGACAGCUCAGGUUAUGGGGAGAUCAUGGUCAGGAUGCUCUUGAAAGCGCACAUGUGUGUCUGAUAAACGCCACAGCGUCCGGUACAGAAAUCCUGAAGAACCUCGUUCUACCUGGUAUUGGUGCAUUCACUAUAAUUGAUGGACACAAAGUGACUGGAGAGGACGUUGGGAACAACUUCUUUCUCAGCAGUGACAGUGUUGGUAAGAGCCGAGCUCAGGCAGCGACUGAGUUACUGCAGGAACUGAACAGUGAUGUUUCAGGAAACUUUGUGGAGGAGGAUGCUGACAAGCUGCUGGAAAAUGAUCCAGAGUUUUUUAACAGAUUCAGUUUGGUUAUCAGUGUUCAGCUUCCAGAAAGUGUGUGUUUGAAGUUGGCAUGUGUGUUAUGGAAGGCCAGUGUACCGUUCCUGGUCUGCAGGACAUACGGACUCGUUGGCUACAUGAGACUUGCUGUGAAGGAGCACACAGUGGUGGAGUCACACCCAGACAGCGCUCUGGAGGAUCUCAGACUGGAUGCUCCUUUCUCUGAGCUGAAAAAUCACAUCAGCUCCUAUGACAUGGACUCCAUGGACAAGAAGGAUCACAGUCACACACCGUGGAUCAUCAUCAUCGCUAAAUACCUGGAGAAGUGGUUCAGUGAGCACGACUUUCAGUUGCCGAAGAGUUACAGAGAGAAAGAGGAGUUCAGACAGCUGAUCAGAGACGGGAUUCGUACAAAUGAGAACGGUGCUGUGGAGGAAGAGGAAAACUUUGAUGAGGCCAUUAAAAAUGUCAACACAGCUUUAAAUCCUACUAAGAUCUGCAGCAGUGUACAGGAGAUCUUCAGCUCUGAGCAGUGUGAGAACAUCACCUCACAGACCCCAGCAUUUUGGCUGAUGGCUCGAGGUGUAAGGGAUUUUGUGCAGAACGAAGGGAACGGGAAACUCCCUGUGAGGGGCAGCAUCCCAGAUAUGAUCUCUGACUCAGAUAAAUUCAUCAACCUACAAAAUGUCUACAGGGAGAAGGCGAUGCAGGACGCUUCUGUUGUGACCAAACACAUCAAGUCUCAUCUUCGGGCUAUUGGAAAGCCAGAAGAGAGCGUCUCACAGCAGGACAUCCGACUGUUCUGUAAGAAUGCAGCAUUCCUGCGAGUUCUCCAAGGCAGAUCUCUCUCUGAAGAAUACAGUGUGGAAACUAUUAACAAGGAUGAGAUUACUUCCUCUAUGGAUAAUCCAGACAGUGAGAUGGUUCUGUAUCUCAUGCUGCGUUCUGUGGACCGUUUCUUCCAGCAGCACUCCAGAUACCCAGGUGUGUAUAAUUACCAGGUGGAGGAGGACAUCAGCAGGCUGAAGGUGUGUGUGAACACUCUGCUUCAGGAGUACAUGCUCAACGUCAACGUUAAAGACGACUACAUCCAUGAGUUUUGCCGUUAUGGAGCUGCAGAACCGCACACAGUUGCAGCAUUACUGGGAGGAGCUGCAGCUCAGGAAGCCAUCAAACUCAUCACACACCAGUUUGUGCCAUUUAACAACACGUUCAUCUACAACGCUAUGGCUCAGACAUCAGCCACCUUCCAGCUCUGAGAACGUGUGUGUGUGUGUGUGUGUGUGUGUGUGUGUGUGCGCGCGUGUGCGCGCGUGCGUGUGUGCGCGCGUGUGUGUGUGUGUGUGUGUCUUUUAUUCAGCACCAUUUCUUCAUUAUUGUGCUCUUAAUGUUACUGUUCAUAUAAAUACUGCAUCAGUAAUAAAUCCUGACUAGUGCAGUGUUUAUUUUCAUUAAUCAAAGUGUUUGACACCUCAGAGUGCAUUCUGGGUAUUCGCUGUGUGAACACACGUUCUACCUGAAGCACAUUAAUAUCUUUGUAUUAAAAUAUGUGAGAUGUG